UGUAGUGAACAUGAAGACUUGGUGGAAACACUAAAACAGUAAAGGUUGAGUAAAACUAGAAGUAACAGUACAAGGUUUUGUGAGUCUGUGAACGUAGACUAGACUCCGCCCAGCCAUGUUACCCUGUGGUUACCUUCAAACGACUAAGACCAUUCAAUUUUUUUAGAUGAUGUUUGCUAAACAGUAAACUGCUACAGCAUCCUGCAGAAGUCGAUAACGAGUCCUCAUUGUUGUUAUUGAUUUGUUUGUGCAAUGACAUUGUAGUGGCGAGCGUCAUCGUAUGCCCGGCCUGUGUUGCUAGAUAGCUCAGCAGCAGUCUGCACUGAAGUGGUGUUCGUUGCUCAGUCAUUUACUAUUGCGAAUCAUUCAGUGAAGAGACCCCUCGCUGCAAACCAUACAGUUCUAGCUGGUCCAGUUUUCUGCCGCUAGCACUAGCAGUGUUUUGAUUCUCACUUCAUGGCUUCACGUUUUGUGGAUAAACACGUCCUCCCAGGAAGCGAUACAGUUGAAGUGAUAGAAUACUUCGGCGUAUUUGUACGCAUACCGGUCAAAGUGCUUGUCCAGGUCAGCAGCAGUCACUGCAUAAGCUGAGUUAGGGAGAGACCAACUGCAAUGAAAUUACAGUUGUCGACCAACUCGCAGCCACUUGCAACAUAGCUACCGACUGAAGUAGACGCGGCUGUAUUGCCUUGUGGAACGGUGUGUAGAUGGAUGUCUCUGCACAUAUCCUUCAUUCUGGUAGCAUGCAUGAUGCUGCUCUCACCACGUCUAAUGCCAGUAGUGGCGUGAACACUGCCAAUAGACGAUGGCUAUUGUUUCCAGCCCUUUCACCCAAGUCUCAAGCAACACAUGAUACUUAUGCUGCUCAUGGUGCUACACAGCCGCAGUUGCCACAAUCCCUACCGUAUAAUCAGACGGUAACUAGUGACUACACAGCUGAUGAUAGUACGAACAAAAUUCCCAUACCCAAUGCCAGCAAUCCUUCUGCUACAAGUACGGAACGGGCGGAUAGCAAUUCAACACAUGCUUGCAUGCUGCAGACCAUUCAAAGAGAAAGUGGUACUAAAGCCAAGCAUCAUCAAUUACGGAUGCAUCACCCAUCAGGCAAAGCAGCAGUUGCCAGGACAACAUCUAAACCCCUUCCGGCCAGUUGUGCGAAACGGAAAAGGAGGAAGCGCAAAGAUGUCACCCGGAGGCAAGCUGAGAAAGAAUUGCAAGCGUAUGAAGACCCUGCUGGCAUGUGUGCCUUGGAGAAACAGCUUGGUGAUUUGGACAUGGACUCAGCGCCUUAUCGAAAGCUCACCACCGCAUCAACAUACCGUGUUCUGGCAUUGCCGUUCCCCAGGCCACACCAUCCGCUUCAAUUGUCAAUGUCUGAGAGAAACGAGCGUGAAGUGUAUCUUCGUCACAUGAAGGAGCCAGACAGCAUUAAUCCAUGUGAUGGACAUCAAGGUGUGGUCAGACGUAUUACACCAGAUUCACUAGACUCUGGUGUUAGCUCAGCAGCACACAUCAUGAGCCCAGCAUCUUUGCCUGGACGCACGAAAGGAGAACAAACAACAGCCAAGUGUUCUGUUAGUGCUGCUGAUACAGCUGCUACAAGACAACAUUCCGAAGGCUUCUCUACAUCUUCAGAAUACCAGAGUGUCUCGGCCAAUACUGUACCCUGGUCUAUGGAAAUGUAUAGCGAUUUCAGCGAGUAUGACCAGCCGCAAACAACAAACCUACUGAACUACAAAGAAGAAAGGAGGAAACGCUACCGUCUAGUGGAGAACAGCCGCAAGGAGCGUCAUGAAGAAGAGAUCAAUGCAAGAGAGGCAAAGAGGCUGCUGCAUUGUCAGCAUAACGUUCAGCGACUCAGGUAUGAUGGUGAACCCAGGAAAUCCACCCUGGCUCCUGAACAGACCACUGCUAUUUCCUGCGUGUCUGCAGUGAAACCAGUGUAAUUUAGCCUGGCUGCUGCAUAUUCUCUAAGCACUGUCAAUUCAUCAAUUGACCUUCUGCUGCUUCUGCUACUGUGUCCUGCUCCUGCUCCUUGCAUGAAGUCAGGAUUGUAAUGGAAAAAAGAUUUCUGCCUAUGAUAAGUUAGGGAAUACCGUACUAUC